ACAACAUGGGUCUAAAAAUCCAAAAGAUCCUGGUGUUGGGUGGGAUUAUUGUAGGAUUCCUAUCUGUCAUUGUUAUCCUGACGGGCACUCUGCUUAAGACCUCCAUUCCUAAUGUUUUGGCACCGGAGGAGCGGCUAUUUUCAUUCGACUAUGUGAUUGUUGGAGCUGGAACUGGAGGCAGCACACUCACCUCUCUGCUCGCCAAGCACAGUAAUGGGAGUGUGUUGCUCAUCGAGGCUGGAGGACAAUUUGGCCUGCUUAGUCGGAUUCCUUUGCUGACCACCUUUCAGCAGAAGGGCAUCAACGACUGGUCCUUCCUCUCUGUUCCCCAGAAACACUCCUCCAGAGGUCUCAUCGAACGGAGGCAGUGCUUGCCGAGGGGCAAAGGACUGGGUGGUUCCGCCAAUCUCAACUACAUGCUGCACUUCGAUGGUCAUGGGCCGGACUUCGAUUCCUGGCGGGAUCUUUACAAUCUGAGCGACUGGAGUUGGUCGCAGAUGAGAUCUUUUAUGGCAGCUGCUAAGCCCAAGACCUCGGAUAUGUUUGAAAUCCCGCGACGUUAUUCCAAAUUAACUGAGGCACUGGACGAGGCUCAGGCGCAGUUUUCCCACAAGGAUUGGAUCUUUCGACGAUCUAUGUAUAAUAUUAGGAAUGGCCUGCGUCACUCGGUUGUGCAGCAGUUCCUAAAUCCAGUGCUUCAUCGUUCCAAUCUUCGCCUGCUGCCCGAAGCUUUGGUAAAGCGGAUUCAACUCUCCUCAAGUCCAUUCCCCCAUGCCACCUCCGUUCUGGUGGGGAUUAAGGAUGAGGAGAACAGGGAGCAGGAAUUCAGCAUUGAGGUGAGGAGAGAGCUAAUCCUCUGCACUGGAGCCUACCAAACACCUCAGCUCCUCUUGGCCUCUGGAAUCGGAGACAUAUCCGCAUUGAACAAACUUGGAAUUCCUGUGCAGCAUAGUUUGCCAUUGGUCGGUCACAACCUGCACGAUCACUUUAACCUUCCACUUUUCGUUUCAAUGGGAGUUACUGGACCCACACUAAAUCAGAACACGCUCUUGAAUCCCAUGACACUGAUCAACUUCCUUAGCUCUGGAACAGGACCCUUGGGAAACUUUGGAGUGCUGGGAAACGUGGCUAGCUAUGGAGAAUUAGGAUCCUCGCCCUUUGGACUCACCUUCUUUGGCGCCGGUGCCAUCGACGAAUCUUCGCUGAUGUCCAUAUCCAAUUUUAAGGGUCCAGCAUUUCGAGCCCUCUUUCCACGUUAUUAUAACGCCUCCCAGGAGGGAUUUGUGGUGAUAUCCAGCUGUCUGCAGCCAAGGUCACGAGGAUCCGUGGGUCUGCUCAACCGCCAUAUGAGAAGGAAUCCAUUGAUUGAUCCAAACUACUUGAGCAGCGAGAAGGAUGUGGCCUGCACCAUUGCGGCCAUUCGAAAUGCUGUUGAGCUGAUCACUUCCUCCGCCUUCGCUUCACUGCAUCCCCGCAUCCACUGGCCACGUUUGCAGGAAUGCUCCAACUUUGGCCCUUUUGAGCGGGACUUCUUUGAGCAACGACCCUCGGAUCACUACUUGGAGUGCCUGAUGCGACACAUUGGGCUCGGAUCGCAUCAUCCAGGAGGGACAUGUGCUUUGGGCAGCGUCGUGGACUCCCAGUUGAGAUUACAUGGUGUAUCCAAUAUGCGGGUGGUGGAUGCCAGCGUCCUGCCCCGUCCCAUCUCGGGGAAUCCCAACUCGGUGGUGGCCGCCAUUGCGCUGAGAGCUGCCUCUUGGAUACUGAAGAGCGAACUGCAGGCCGGUGGUUCGAAGUGAAUGAAAUUCUCUGUGAGAUUGUUACAAAUGCGUUCAAGUUGGGGGACAUCCACACUGAACCAAAGUUAGCCUUAAAAUUUAUUUUAUUUUUAAACAUUAAAUUGCUAAAACUCUUAAAAAAUACUUUCCAUUUGUAAUAUUCGAUGAUUUAUUUAAGUUUUUAUUAAGUUUUUAAAUUUAUUUAAAUUUAAAUUAUUUACAAGUUUACGCAUUUUAAAAAGUUGUCUUAAGAAGAUUAAUAUUCGUUUAAAAUUCGUUUAACGAAAACAUUUAUUUAAAAUCCCAUUUAAUUUACUUCUUUAUUAAAGUUUUUAAAUUUGUAAUAUGUU